CUGCUUUUUAGAAAAGUAUCAUCUUUCGUUUCUCCCACUUCUUUUAUGCCAUGUAUUUCAAACAUACCAAUAAUUACUGUACAAAGUAGUAAAAAGGAGUAGAAAUGAAGUCCUAAGAACAUACGGAGUACUGUCUGCAUCCUCAGUAGUUUAAAUAGUAGUUUUCCGGUUUCUAAUCUCCAACUCAACAAAAAAAAUUAUAUCAUUCUUGUUAUUAUCAUUGAUGGAGAAUUUGAGGUCUAAAUCAACAAGAGAAGGGGGCAACUGGCGGCAGCCUAGUGGUUUCCCCCCAACAAGCAGCAUGAAUGAUUUCAGAAGUUACAGCACUUCAUCUUAUGCUGCUAAUAACAACAAUGAGAAUGACAAAGUGAAAAGGAAUACAGCGAAGAGAAGCAAGAGCAAAGUCGUCGUAUCACCGUUAUCGUCUCAGAGCUUUCGUGAAGCAGAAGAGCAGAGGAAAAAGAGAGUUGAGAGUUACCGGGCUUUCGCUAAGGACGGGAAGGUGAAGGGCUCUUUCAGGUGGAUCAAAGCUCAUUUGUUCUCUGCCUGCAGGUGUUAGUGGUGUACUCCUCCACUACAUGAGUGUAAUAUAUUCUAUAUAAAGAAUAGAAUCUCUGAUCUAAAUAAUUCAUCUAUAUAUCCUCAUCUCUUCCUCUAUAAAGAAUAGAAUCUCUGAUCUUAAUAAUCCAUCUAUAAAUCCUCAUCUCUUCCUCUGUAUUACUAUAUAUUACUCCCCUCCUCUUUCUCUGAAAUGUCGUAGGGGCAGAUGCCUCCAUUUUUUAAAGAAGGUAUAUAACUCUACGAGAGGAAUACUAAUAGAAUUGUGCAUUUUGCUAAAGUUUAUAAGUCAUGUGCAUUUUAUAGAUUUCAAGAAUAGAGAAUAUAUAUGGUCUUGGAAAGCUGUAAGUUCCUAUGUAAUGAGGAUAUAAAGAGUUUCCCCUGCAUCUAUAAAUAAAGCUCUUGACACAUUAUGUAAAACAAGCCAAAGCAUAUAAACUACUACAAAUCUAGACUAUACUGGAGAGAAGUGAUGUAUACAAACCUUGAAGUUAGAAAUGUGAUAUAGAAAUUUCCAACUUGGAUAAUGAAAACUUGAACUAAUGUUUCUUGCUAAGUGACUUCUUGUGUAUUGGCCAGUUUUGAUAGAUUCGAUACACAAGUAUAAAUAUUACUGUAAAGAAUCUCAUCUCGAACAAAAUGGUAAUCCAUGUUACCAAUAUGCUUUGUAAGUUCACAAAAACCCCGAUUAGACAAAAUAUGAAGUGUUGUUGACUUGUUGUACUACCAAAACAAACUUGCAUUGGUCCAGAGUGAAAAAGAUCAAGGCUAGACAACUAGCAUUUGAGAC